AUGGAAGGGGGAAAGCCGUGGGAAGCUAGUGGGGACCCUGAGGGCCUGAUGACCUCCCAAGGCCUCCUGCAGGACUGGGACCAGCGGAUUUUUGUCAACCGAAGUCUGGCCCUGGGCAAGAUCCGAUGCUUCGGCUUUGACAUGGAUUACACGCUGGCUGCCUACAAGUCCCCAGCUUACGAGACGCUGGCCUUCGAGCUGCUGCUGGAGCGGCUGGUGUGUGUUGGGUACCCGCACGAGAUCCUGCGCUACACCUACGACCCCGCCUUUGCCACCAGGGGCCUGGUGUUUGACGCACUCUACGGGAACCUGCUGAAGGUGGACGCCUACGGGAACGUGUUGCUGGGCUUGCAUGGCCUCACCUUCCUCUCUGAGGCCGAGGUCUGGAGCUUCUAUCCCAGCAAGUUCAUCCAGAGGGACGACAUUCAGCGGUUCCACAUCCUCAACACGCUCUUCAACCUGCCCGAAACAUACCUCUACGCCUGCCUGGUGGACUUCUUCUCCAGCUGCUCCCGUUAUGUCAACUGUGACACUGGCUACCAGCAUGGGAACCUCUUCAUGUCCUUCCGGAGCCUCUUCCAGGACGUGACUGAUGCCAUGAAUAAUGUCCACCAGUCGGGCUGUCUCAAGGAGAAGACCCUGGAGGAUCUGGAGAAAUAUGUGGAGAAGGACGAUCGGAUUCCCAUCCUGCUGGGCAAGAUGAAGGAGGUGGGAAAAGUGUUCCUGGCCACCAACAGCGGCUACAACUACACUGAUGCCAUCAUGACCUACCUGUUCAGCGGUGGUGGGGCUGAGGCAUCGGCCAGGCCCUGGAGGUCUUACUUCGACCUGGUGGUGGUGGACACACAGAAGCCUCGAUUCUUUGCGGAGGGGACGGUGCUCAGACAGGUCAACACGGACUCAGGAAAGCUCCGCGUGGGCACUUACACCGGGCCACACCAGCACUGCGCCGUCUACUCCGGAGGUUCCUCGGACAUGGUGUGUGAGCUGCUCGGCGUGCGAGGGAAGGACAUCCUGUACGUGGGAGACCACAUCUUCGGGGACAUCGUGAAGUCCAAGAAGCGGCAGGGCUGGCGCACUUGCCUGGUGGUUCCCGAGCUCUCCCGGGAGCUGGGCAUCUGGGCCCGAGAGAAGGAGCGAGAGGAGGAGCUGAAGAGGCUGGACACACACUUGGCAGACCUAUACCAGCACAUGGAUGGAAGCAGUGCUGGCCUGCAAGUCAUCAACUCCACUAAGAAGGAGAUUCGGAUGCCGCAUGAAUUAGCUGUGGAACAAGAACGGGCUGGUCUGGACCCUACCUCCUGCCCCGUCUCUGGCAGCCGGAGGGUAAAGAGAGCGAGGACCAAUGCGGGUCGCACUGCGGCUGACCACAUCCUGGGCGUAGACCGGCACCUGUCAUCACAGGUCACCUUCUUACUUGAGAUUCGGGAACAGUAUGGAAGAAGCACGCAACCGCUGCCCUCAUCUCCUUGGUGUCAUGGAUUCCUGGCAGAGGAGGGCCUGGAAGUCAUCCCCGUGGCCUUGCAGCUGCCGGAAGUGUGUGUAUAG